CGUCGGGGCUCUCCGCGCCCCCCUACGUAAGCACAUCCCUGUACACUUCUCGUCUCGGGCCGUGGAAUGCGCGUGGCCCCGGACGACUUGCUGCUCGUCCCAAGCUGGGCAGUCGUGCUCGAGCGACCGCGAGUCCUUCUUCUGCGAGACCUCCCCCGAGGCCGAGGGCCGUGGUCUUCUCAUCAGCGGCGGCUCCUUCGCACGAGGGCGCUCGCGGGCCUCCACGCCAGCGUCUGGGAACGGUGGGGCACUCCGCGCAGCCUGGCAGACGAGGCGCUCCCAUGGGCUCCGCUGGGAACGGGCUUCGCGCGACGAGGAGGGGCUGCAAGCGCCGCAACAAAGGGCGAGCAGAAGGCGGCGAAGGGCCUGUCGGUCAAGGACAAACGACUGCGCGAGCUCUUGGCUCUCACACUCGAGCAGACUUUGGGCAACACCCAGAAGGUGCGCAUGACAGAGGGCAUCCUGCUAGACACAACCAUGUCCCCGAAGAGCCACAAGCUGGUGCAGGCGACGCAGGAGGAGCAGGGGGCCUUCGCGCAGCGAGUGGGCUCCUGCCGCAAGGCAGAGAUCGACAACCCCGUGCUGGAGCCGCUCGGGCCGCCUCACGCCAUGAUAUUCGCGGCCCUGGUCGAGACGGCCGCCGCGCUGGAGGCCUGCGGCGGCGAGAACCAGAAGAGCAUGCUCAAGCCCUCGGAGAACAUCAUCGCGUGCGGGAAGGCCGAGGACGCGGAGCAGCUCGCGCGCAUGUGCCGCCCCCAAGAGACGACGCAGGACGACCAGACGAAUGUCGUGCUGGCGGUGCAGAUGUCGGUCGACUGGAGGUGCGCGCUGAUCGACGGGCUGCGCCAGGCAGGUCGACGACGCCUCCGAGGCGCGGCACCAGCGGGUCGCAUGGAGGAGGAGCUUCAGGAGUGGACGGAGUGGCUUGAGGCAAACUUGAUUGCGUAAGACCCGCCGCCGGCGUCCACAGCUUGGACCGUCUUUGACCUAGAGGUGUCGCGACUGGCAUUGAUGGCCUUGUCUUUUCAAUGGGCGAGUUUCUUCAGCAUCGCAUUCGCCAGCGUGGGUGAGCUAAGUCAGCACUAAGCGUCUAAUGCGAAAAUUAAUGAGUGGACCAGCCCCCCUUCAUGAUGAUGUAUUUCUUGACGGUUCAACCCCCGUUUUGCUUUGAUAUGCAGCCAUGUCUCGUGUCCACUGGGUCGGAACCUUCAACCGCGACGAUCGUCGUUCAGCUGACUCCGAGCUAGCGAGUCGACGUGAGUGAGUGAUGCGCUUCGCUUUCGUUGCGUCGUGCCCUAAACAGCUUUCUGUUCUCUCGCCCCGCGUGGGCUGCCCCGCUUUUCUCCGCCCCCUCGCCCCCCCCCGUCCGUCCUCGGCCAUGUCGUGUCUCUGUUGCUGUCUGGGUCUGCGGCGGCGCGCCCCGCAGAUCGCGCCUGUGCUGGGCGACUCCCUUUUGCCCCUUUUUUGUGUUUGGCCGCUGACCGCACCCGUGUUGGUCUCGGCGGUGCAGAUCUGCGUUCGAAGCGGGCAGAGGGCCCCCGUGCUGGCUCCCGAAGUCCCCCUCCCACUGGGCCCCGAUUCUGUCA